CGACCAACCAGGUAGCGCGGCAGGUGAGCCUCGCGGCUAUUGUUGUUUGCUCCUGUGCGCGCGGCUCUUGGCAAGCCGAACCCGGCCGCGCGCGCUAGCUAGCUUUACGCAGUUUAAUCAGGUUACGCGCGCGCGCGGGCGUGUGCGGCUAGCUGCGCGAUGGCUGGAGGUGGGUUCGCCGUGGCGGGCGCCCCGACGGCAGACUACGGCGGCGGCGUGACCUUCUCCGUGGUGGUCACCUGCCUCAUGGCCGCCUCCGGCGGCCUCAUCUUCGGCUACGACAUCGGCAUCUCCGGGGGGGUGACGGCGAUGGAGUCGUUCCUGGAGCCCUUCUUCCCGGGGGUGCUCCGGCGGAUGGCGGCGUCGCGGCGGGACCAGUACUGCGUCUACGACAGCCACGUGCUGACGGCGUUCACCUCGUCGCUGUACCUGGCCGGGCUGGUCGCGUCGCUGGCGGCCGGCCGCGUCACCAGGGCGAUCGGGAGGCAGGCCGUCAUGCUCGCCGGCGGCGCGCUCUUCUUCGCCGGCGCGGCGGUCAACGCCGCCGCGGUGAACGUCGCCAUGCUCAUCGUCGGCCGCGUGCUGCUCGGCUUUGGCAUUGGCUUCACCAAUCAGGCGGCGCCGGUGUACCUAGCGGAGACGGCGCCGGCAAAGUGGCGGGGGGCAUUCACGACGGGGUUCCAGCUCUUCCUCAGCAUCGGCAACCUCGCGGCCAACCUGACCAACUACGGCGCGGCCCGUAUCCCGCGGUGGGGGUGGCGCCUCUCCCUCGGCCUUGCGGCGGCGCCGGCGUCCGUCAUCGUCGUGGGCGCGCUGCUCAUCCCGGACACGCCCAGUAGCCUCCUCGUGCGUGGGCGGGUGGAGCAGGCGCGCGCCGCGCUCCGGCGCGUGCGCGGCGCCAAGGCGGACGUGGACGCCGAGCUGGCGGACGUGGCGCGCGCGGUGGAGGCGGCGCGCGCCAACGAGGAGGGCGCGUACAGGAGGAUCCUCUGGAGGCAGCACCGCCCCCACCUGGUGAUGGCCGUCGCGGUGCCGCUGUUCCAGCAGCUCACCGGCGUCAUCGUCGUCGCCUUCUUCUCGCCGAUACUCUUCCAGACCGCCGGGUUCGGCAACAACGCCUCGCUGAUGGCCGCCGUCAUCCUCGGCGCCGUGAACCUGGCCUCCACCCUCGUCUCCAUCCUCACCGUGGACCGCUACGGCCGCAGGAUAUUGUUCUUCACCGGCGGCCUCGUACUGAUCAUCUGCCAGGUUGCGGUUGCGUGGAUCAUGGGGGAGCAGAUCGGACGGGACGGCGAGUCGGCGAUGGCGAGACGCUACUCCGUGGCGGUGCUGGCCAUGACGUGCGUCUUCUCGGCGGCGUUCGGGUGGUCGUGGGGGCCGCUGACGUGGGUGAUCCCCGGCGAGAUAUUCCCGGUGGAGAUCCGGUCGGCCGGGCAGGGCAUCAGCGUGGCCGUCAACCUCGGCUUCACCUUCCUGUUCACGCAGACGUUCCUCGCCAUGCUGUGCAGCUUCAAGUACGCCACCUUCGCCUACUACGCGGCCUGGGUCGCCGUCAUGACCGCCUUCAUCUGGGCGUUCCUGCCGGAGACCAACGGGGUGCCCCUCGAGGCCAUGGGCGCCGUCUGGGCGCGGCACUGGUACUGGCGCCGCUUCGUGCAGCCGCCGCCGCCGCCCAAGGACGCCGUCGCGGAGGUCCUCAUAAACUGACGACGUGUUCCUGCGUUGACCGUGUCAGUGUGGUGAUGCGUUUUCCGGUGUGACGGUGUUCCACGUUCAUUCGGAUCUAGAUUUAGUGAUAUUGUAACGUGACAUUCUGUCACUGACACGUGGGACCUGUAUGUGCCUGGAUCCACACGUCAGUGAUAGAAUGUCACCAAGAAUAUCACACUUCAAUGUCACUGUCACUGUAUCCCAUUUCUGGUCGUA